CCUCUUCAGGUUUUUAUGGGUUUUUAAUGAACAAAACAGAAGAGAAAUAACUCAAAAAGUGAAAAAGUUUGUGCCUUUAUAAAGCUUUAAACAGAAAAGUUUUAAUCUUUUUUGAACGUUCUUUUUGCUAUAACUAUUACUUGUAUGCUGUUUCUAUAUGGGUUAUUCUUAUUCAAUAACUUUUCUUCAGAGUUUAAUUAGUUUCAUACACCAAACCAAAUGAACCAGACCAAUAAUAUUAGUGUUAAGAGUAAUUAUAGUAAUAUGUCUCAGUGUAAAGAUCCGGCUAUUAAGCUUUUUGGAAGAAAUAUUCCGGUACCUGAUAUUCAGAUUCUGCCCAAACCACCAUCCAAGAAUAGCUGCAAUGGUAACAUAAAAGGAGAAACUGAGAGUUGUGGUGAAGCCAACUUAGGAGAACCGGCUAAGUCAUCUGCGACAGGACAAACUACGGAAGAAGGCCAAACCCCUAAUCAAGUGAAUGAGGUAGCAAAAGCAGCUUCCGAACCCAAAGAAGACGAGGCAGAGACUGAUUGUACAGACCAAGAAAAAGUUUUCAAGAAGCCAGAUAAGAUCGUGCCGUGUCCACGAUGUAACAGUUUAGACACAAAAUUCUGUUACUUUAAUAACUACAAUGUCAACCAACCAAGACAUUUCUGCAAAAAUUGCCAGAGAUAUUGGACAGCUGGUGGAACGAUGAGAAAUGUCCCAAUUGGUGCUGGGCGGAGGAAAAAUAAGCACCUAGCCUCUCAGUACCGCCAUAUAUUAGUAUCUUCAGAUGGGGUGCCAAUUACCAGUAUUGAAAACUCAGACUCAGCCAGCCACCAACUUAUGUCGUCUGUUGAAUCUCAAACCAUGUUGAGGCCUUCGACAACAGGAAACGGCGUGGUGCUAAAAUUUGGCCCGGAACCACCACUUUGCGAAUCCAUGGAGACAGCACUCAAUCUUGGAGAACAAAAGAGAUACUCUGAGAUGAGUUCAUCCAAUUGCCGAGAAAUUCCGGAGGAGCCAUCGUCAUGCGGAUCCUCCUUGUCGUUAUCUGCUUGUGGAAGAAAUGAAUUACCUGAAACUAUUGCACAAAAGGAGCCAGUAGGCCUGCCGGGACCUACUAAUGAGCUCAGUGUGCCACAUCCUUUACAGUGUUAUCCUGUUCCUCCGUGGGUUUUCCCCGUAGCCCCUAAUUGGAGCAACGCAACCUCCAUGACAGCAGCUCAGCUGUCCACAGCACAACCUUGCAUGCCAAAUAGCAACAAUUCCAAUCAAGUUCAAUGGUGCUCUACGCCAAUACUAGCAGUUCCUAGCUUUUGUUCACCUAGCAUUCCUUUGCAACUUGUACCGGCUUCAUAUUUAGGCUGCGUGCCUCUGUGGGCUGCUGGAGCAGGAAAUUUGGCCGUAAACGGAUCUAAUGGUUGCUCUUCCCCAUCAUCCUCUACUAGCACCAGUUGUUGCUCAGGAAAUGGCUCGCCAAAGUUAGGCAAGCAUGGUAGAGACUUGAAUCUUAUGGAUGAAGAGCAAGCAGACAAUUGUGUAUUGGUUCCAAAGACUCUGAGAAUUGAUGACACAAAUGAGACUUCAAGAAGUCCUCUAUGGGGCACAUUAGGUCUUAAGGGAGACCAGAAGAAUCCUGUAUCAAAAGGUUCUGUCUUCAAGCCUUUUGAAUCCAAAGCAGAGAGAAAGGACCAUGUACCAGAAUCCACUCCUAUACUGGAAGCAAAUCCAGCAGCUCUUUCGCGCUCCACUACAUUCCAGGAGAGCAGUUAAAGGGCCUUGGCUGAGGAAACAAGUCCUCGAGCCAAUUCAUAGUUAAAAGUAUUGUCCAGAUAUCUCGUCAGUGAGUUCACAGUGUAAAUAUUUGAGGAUCUUUAGUGUGUUUUUCUAGUCUGCCGCGACUUGUAGGUUCCAAGUUCAUACAAAUGCGUAAUGCGUUACUUCUGCUUUGAAUUGGCAGAAAAAUAAGAGGAAGUUCUGCUGAAUGUUGUAUGUAUUAUUCAAAACCAUGUUCAGUUACAAGGAUAACCCAGGUUUUGCAAUGUUCCAUAUAUUACAUACUUGGUUGCUUUCCUUUAAACGUGAAAUUCGAGCAUCUUUUUGUUUC